UAAUUUUCCCAAACUUAAAAAAAAAAAAAAAAAGAUUUAGGCCCAUUGCUAUAUUUUCAGCUAAUUGGGUGUAGUAGUGAAGGAAAACUAUAUGGCUAAUCGUUUCGGCACCAAGUCACAGCAGAGUCUACCAAAUUUGGCGGGGGUUUAUCAGUCUUUACCAUUAACGACUAACAGUACUUCAGUCACCUGCUUUUGUCAAACGGGUUAUGUUCCUGGUCUUGUGAGAAUUGUUAGGAGAAGAAAUACAGAAUAUAAUAGUGGUUGUAGAUUAAACAGGAGGGUGGCGUUGGGAUUAGGAGCGUCAUUUUGGUCACAGUGGAUGAGUACGGCUGGUAAUCUUGGUGAUAAGGCUUUCUUAGCUUCUGCUAGGCAAAAGGGUGUUAUUGAGGAGGUGCUGAAGAAUGUGGACUGGCCAGAGCAAUUUCCCUUUAAAGAAGAGGACUUCCAGCGCUUUGAUGAGUCAUCUGAUUCAUAUUUCUAUGAUACACCGAGAUUUGUGACACAUAUAGAUGACCCAGCUAUAGCUGCACUUACUAAAUACUACUCUGAAGUUCUGCCUCCUAGUAAUACUCCUGGAGUGGCUGUCCUUGACAUGUGCAGCAGCUGGGUCAGCCAUUACCCUAAAGGGUAUAAGCAAGACCGCAUUGUAGGGAUGGGAAUGAAUGACGAAGAGCUAAAGCGGAAUCCUGUUCUGACAGAAUAUAUUGUGCAAGACUUGAAUGUUAACCCGAAACUUCCAUUUGAAGACAAUACUUUUGAUGUUAUCACAAACGUGGUUAGUGUUGAUUACCUCACCAAGCCUAUUGAGGUUUUUAAGGAGAUGUCUCGCAUCCUUAAACCAGGUGGACUUGCCAUAAUGAGUUUUUCCAACCGCUGUUUCUGGACAAAAGCAAUUUCUAUAUGGACAUCAACUGGAGAUGCUGAUCAUGCCAUGAUUGUUGGAUCCUACUUCCAUUAUGCUGGAGGGUUUGAACCGCCUCAGGCUGUAGAUAUAUCUCCAAACCCUGGACGGUCAGACCCUAUGUAUGUUGUGUACUCAAGAAAGCUAGCCGCCGCCUGAAAGCCAGAGUCGUUUUGAGAGCUAACUAGUGCCACGUAUCUCCAGAGUGGCUAUAUACAUCUGGCUUAUAGAAAGGAAAUUCUUGAUUCAGCUUAUUCUUUUUGUGCUAUAAUUCUAUCUCGCCAAGGUACUAUAGGGACAACAUUUCUAGUGUGCAUUAUGGAGAGAAGCUAUGCUUCCUAGUUUGUUUUGUUGAAACCUGAAAGUAUCCACUGGUAAUUUGUGUACAUCAAUCCUUGUUUAUUUGUUAACAGAUGUUUGAAUGUAGAAAUUGACUGCCUAUUAAUGUUGC